UACACGCGUUUUCGCUCGCACAGUAAAUAUUGAAAACACAGCUUUUUUCAGUGAUAAUUCCAGUUCCAUCUAACAAAAAGCGUGUGACGUGAGUAAGACAGUAUAUCGGAUUAUCUCACGGCAAACGGGAAAUGAAUCUUCAGCCGAGGCGCUAAAGGUGAAAAUCAAAGAUGGCAUUGAAUAGUCCGAGCGGUUACCCGCCGCUCUCUCCCAAACCGCUCACACCCAAAAGCCCCAGGCAUUUCAUAUUCCCGCAAAAGAGUCCAUCGAUAACUUCCAGCACCUCUUCCUCUGGGUACUAUACACCCCAAUCUGGUUGCAGUUAUGACAAGCAUGCGCCACCGAAAAGCCCACUCGCGCACGGCCACAGAAGUCCCAUGAGUCCAAGACAUUUCAAUUUCAAUCAGCAAAAGUCACCCUCCGAACGCUCCAGCCCCUGCAAUUUUGAUCGAGCACACGGCCUCCACUACACAACCUCACUAAAACACCAUCGCCGUGAAAAGUCCAGGUCGCCCAAACCCCCACCAGUGCACAUUCACACGAACCCUGGCUACGUCUCCCCGAACCGAACGAGGAAGCUAUACAGUUCCACUUCCACAGUGAGCUCUCCACGGUUGGUGACGUCACCGAGUAUUAUAUCGAGCCACACUGAUGAUUCCACUGACGCGAUGCCAGGGACACCCUCAGCUAUUGUGCAUGACGCUGACGAUGAAGCAACAACCACGUCAUCAAGAGUUUGCCGUAAAUCGACAUCAGACUUGACCGAUUUAACUGAUGAUACGCCUCAAACCCGAUCGACCAGUAUAAGCCGACCAUGCUCGCCGAUGAGAAGGGGAUCUAUGAAAGGAGGAUUAGCUUAUUUAGCGAGUAGACGCGGGUCAAGAGAAUCCACUGUAUCGAAUUGCGACUCAGUGGAGGAUAUCGGGCCUUUGAACUUUCAAAAUACAAUGCGCGGUCGACAGCGGCGAACAUCUAAUUUCCUAGAGUUACCCGUUGUAGAACAUUCGAGACCCCGUGUGUGUUCCCUCCCAGAGAAGCCGUAUAACCCGCGUCUAUCAGACGACCUGUAUAGAUUGAGGACCUUCUCCAUCACAACCAAAGGGGGGGUGGUCAACUGUGGCGACUCGAUCUGCAACCGACGGAGCCGUUCGAAUACUUCUGUCAACUCUACUAAUAGCAGAGCGUCGGACCGGUCGCCGUUCGACGGCUCGUGCUGCUCCGGAUAUCGGCCCGUCGACUCCGGCAGCCUCACCACACCGGAUGAUGAUGAACUAGAUCCGAUACCGAAGUAUCGGGUAGUAUUACUGGGCGAUGCUGGUGUUGGAAAAACAGCUCUUGUAUCACAAUUUAUGACGUCAGAAUAUAUGAAUACGUACGACGCGAGUUUGGUAAAACGUGAUGAUGAAUUUGGGGAGAAAUCAGUGUCGGUGCUUUUGGAUGGAGAGGAAUCGGAGCUGAUAUUUAUCGACCAUCCAAGCACGGAAAUGUCUGUCGAAAACUGUCUAUCAACGUACGAGCCGCACGCGUGCGUGGUUGUAUACUCUGUGGUCGCCAAGAGCUCCUUCACCAGGGCCGCUGAACUGCUGUCCUAUUUAGCAAGGGAGCAGUUCACGGUGGAGAGAACUGUGGUCCUAGUUGGUAAUAAAGCGGACUUGGCACGAGCGAGACAAGUCUCCACUAACGAGGGAAAAGCCUUAGCGACAUCACGGGACUGCAAGUUCAUAGAAACGUCUUCAGGCAUUCAGCAUAAUGUUGAUGAACUGCUUGUGGGAAUCCUGAAACAGAUUAGACUCAAAGAAAGCAGGGACAAGAAACACGCGAAGAAAGUGGGAAAACAGGAAACAAAGCCAUCGAAGCUAGCCAGCUCGCGGACUCAUAUCUCUCUCAGCAUCGCACGUGAAUUGCUGCAAAAGAUUUGCAUCAACGACAUAUCGAAAUCGAAAUCCUGCGAAAAUCUGCACGUACUCUAAAGUAUCUACGUACCCACGUGAAACAUGCAAUA